UAUGUGUUUUUCAUGAUUGUUGAAGUUAUCAUUUCUCUCUUUCUCUCUGUUUUCCAGUUGUAUCACCAGGGAGACGUACAGAAGAGUCCGCCCCUACGAUAACGGAACAACCCAAGAGUUUGAUUGUGACGAGAGGAGACCCAGCCUCGUUCAACUGCAAGGCUGAAGGAAGACCAGAACCUACUAUUUCAUGGUUGAAGAAUGGACAGCCGCUGGUGAUCCGAGAUACCCGACACACCGUUCUAGACUCUGGCUCUCUCUUCUUCCUUCAAGUGGUUGGGAACCGUCAAGGAGGACAGGAUGGUGGGGUCUACCAAUGCAUGGCUCACAACUCAUUAGGAACAGCAUACAGUGCUAAUGCUACCCUAGAAAUAGCAUAUCUUAGAGAGGACUUCCGAGAAGAGCCAGUGAGUGACCAGCUGAUAUCGGGAGACUCAGCAGUUCUUGAGUGCACCCCACCCAGGGGUUACCCUACUCCGGAGGUAACCUGGCUCAAAGAUGACCAACCCAUCAUACUGGACAACAAUAGGGUCAAGAUAGUAGAAGAUGGGAACCUGCUACUCAAAGAGCUGAGGAAAGAUGACGAAGGAACAUACAAGUGCAAGGCUCAGAAUGUUGCUGGAGAAAGGAUCAGCAAGGAUGCUUAUCUUACAGUACAAGUGAAGCCAGCAUUCAUCAACCCACCCCAGGAUACAAUCACUGCACCCGGUGAGGCAGCGGUCCUGAGAUGUGAAGUAGAAGGCGACCCGCCCCCUACAGUCUCAUGGAGUAGAGAGAUCGGAGAGCUACCAGAUGGAAGAACGCAACAGCUUCCUGAUAAUUCUUUACGGAUUCGGCAUACCGAUGAGUUAGAUGAUGGAGUCUAUAUAUGCACAGCUGAAAACAUCUGGGGCACAAGUGAUGCUAAAGCUAGAUUGCGAGUCAGUGCGGUCCCUGACUUCAUCCGUGCUCCUCGUGACAAGACAGUGCAUGUCAAUGAAAUGGUUCGCUUUCAGUGUGAGGCUGUAGGAAGCCCGCCCCCAUCCAUCCAUUGGCAGAAAGCUGGCACAGAGGACAAUCUUCUCUUCAUAAACCAACAAAGAGGGCGUUUUGAAGUGUCAGCAUCGGGUGAGCUUCAGAUCAACCCUGUCCAGAUGGACGAUGCAGGAACAUAUAUCUGCUAUGCUACUGGGGGAACAGGAGUGGCAGAGGCUAAGGCUGUACUACGCGUUCUUGGGAGUGGAACAGGUGGAGAGGAAGAUGAGUCUUUAGCUCCGCCCCCUCUCAUCCAGUAUGGUCCAGCCAAUCAGACCUUGGUAGUAGGUUCUACAGCUACAUUCAUGUGUCGCUCUGCUGGCAACCCAUCCCCUCAGAUUGAAUGGACAAAAGAUGGAAUCGCUCUGACAACCUCAAAUCCAAGGUUUAGCCUGAUGUACCCUGAUAACACACUGGAGAUCACAGGGGUACAGGUGGAUGAUAGCGGAUUAUAUUCCUGUCUAGCUUCAAGUAACAGCGGUGAGACCAGUCAGUCAGCUACGCUUCUUGUUAUAGAAUCAACUGAGACCUCAGGCAUUCCUGUAAAGACUGCCCCCAGCAUCAAUGAGCUGCCAGGGUCUCCCUCACAGCCUCUUAGGGUCAAUGUGACCAGGUCAUCCAUACAGGUACGCUGGACGGCUCCUGCAGCUAAUAGAGCGCCCUCUGUGACAGGUUAUCAGGUCGAGUACUUCAGCCCGGAGCGGGUGACAGGAUGGGUGGUAGCUGGCAACGGUAUCCAAGGAGAAACAUACAACAUCAAUCAUCUGGUCCCUUCAUCCUCCCACUUGGUGGUUGUCAGGGCGAUCAACUCUAAUGGUAUUGGCCCACCUGGUCCCAUGUCAGAAAGCAUCUCAACAUCAGAAGAGACGGCGAAUCCCCCACCCUCCAGGGAAUGCCUGUCAGAUCAAUCGUCCAUCACUGUGGAGAUCACUACAAUCAUUGCUCUUAGUUCCACUGCUAUCAAAGUCUCAUGGGAAGUCCAUACCCCUGCAAACGAGGACCAGAUAGAUGGGUACCAGGUGCGUUACCUGCUCUCAGAUGGGGCUAGCCGCACACACUUCCAGACAGUGGUAGGGAUGCUUUCUACCAUACUGACUGGACUAGAUCCUAGCAUGGACUACACAGUGUCUGUCAGGCCACAGAUCUGCAACAGUAAAGGACAGGAGUCCCCCUCAGUGGCUGCUAGAACUAUGAGUGAAGGAUCCGGUCCACUCUGUGUUCAUGGAGACAAUCGAAUCCUUCAGAACAAACUUGAUGGCAGCGACGUUCAUAUCGUGGGAACUGAGACCGUUGGAUCUAAUGCCCUACAAGUCAAGUGGGAGAUUGCGAGACAUGCAGCGGCAUACGUAGAAGGGUUUCACAUCAAAUACCGCACCUCUAGCUCCUCCUCCUCUAACUACUCAGUGGAAACCAUCACCGGGCCUGCUAGAACCUUUGUAUUGAAUGGCCUGACCUCAUGGCAGGAGUACUCUAUCAGUGUACAGCCAUUCAGUGGACUUUACUGUGGACAGGAGGGAGAACAGAUUAAGACUUGGACUGCUGCUGACAGACCACGUGGACCACCAAGGAAUGUGAUUGCUCGUAGCAAUGGGACCAGUGCAGUCCUGGUCCAGUGGCAUGCUCCAGGUCGGGACCUGGUCCAAGGUUACAUCGAGGGCUACUACAUCUCCUGCCGGGGCAACAUCUCCUCCCAUGCUCGUAACCGCACCAUCCAGGGCAACACUACCUUCAUAGGUCGGGUGGGUGGUCUACAAGCAGGCAAGGUCUACUGGGUUCAGGUAGCAGCAUUCACUGCUGCUGGAGCAGGUCCAUCCAGUCCAGUCGUCCUGGUUACGGUAGCUUCACCUAUUCCAAUUGAUGCAGGACUAGCGCCUAGUGACCCUGAGAACAUUGAUGGUGAAGCUACAAAGCCGUGGGUCUAUGCCAUCAUCGCCACCAUUGUCUUCAUCAUCGCCCUUGUUCUCAUUGCCUUCGUUCUGAGGCGUAGGAGGAUGAAACAUGCUGCCAAUCUUACAAAAAAUCCACUUGGAAUUGAAGGAGCAACUCACAUGACCACACUGACUAGCCAAUACGAUGGUCAACCGGCCAGCAACGGUCACCCCAGCUGGCCCCCAGACCAGACCUGGCGGAGCAACAAUUCUUCUGAGUGCCAAUCAUCUAGUCUCCAUGGUAACGGUUCUGCUACGGCUGCAGUGACAACCUUUGCUCCCGCCCACCCUAACGGCUCACUGCGCAGUGUGCUGGGCAAGAACCAGUACCUGCAACCCCAUCAUAGCGGGGUUACUACUAGCCCAGCUUACUGGCUGCUAGAGGCUUACGAAUCCAAAGAGCAAAUGCAGGCAAAUCAAGGCGAGAAAGGAGACAUCGGCACACAUAAAACCAACCAUUAUAACAGCAAUAAUGUUCCUGUUUAUGCGGUUGUUGACAAUGAAUCAGAUGAUGAUGAUGAGAGUCCUUCAUGCCCUCACAUGGCUCACACACUGCCUCUUAAUCAGUGCAAUCAUAUGCUCCAAGAACACUGCCAGUCACUACCACCUCAUAUGACAGAACCAUAUGCAUCCACCACACUCGUACUGCCUCCUAAUAUCCGAGAAUACAUGGCUCAAAGGCAGAACUGCAGCGAUACGAGUUCAGGCUCGGCCUCAGGAUCCAUCACCUAUCCCUUACCUUCCUGUGCUGGUCAGCAUAAGGGGCGUAAGAAGUCAGGCAAGAAGGGAAGACCAGGAGAGGAUGGAGGACCUCCAUUACCCCCACAAAGAGAGGGAUCACAUCUCUGUGUUGAAUGUCAAAGUGGUCUAAGUGAUUCUGGUGCAAGUUCACAAGGAAGCAGAAGAAAAGUCAAGACACGUACAGGAACUGGUAGCAAAUACCCAGCAUGCAACUGGACUGAGUUUCUUCCCCCUCCUCCUGAAGAGCCCCCAAUGGGCUCUACACCAUCUCAAGACUCUCUAGGCAAGAUCAAAUCACCUCCUCCAUGUAAUGGUCAUCCAAACAGUCAUCCUAAUGGUCAUCCAGGUGCUCACCAAGGCAUCCAUACACAUCCAACGUUUGUCCCUAUUCAACCAGCAAUGAUUGGAGGACAUCAUCCCCACCAUGCCCCAGCUCUCCCCAUGAGGCAACACCCCCAGUACCCUCAGUAUCCCUACACACAUCCUCAUCCCCAGUCCAAUGGGCUUCCACAUACCCUACCAGUGAUCUCCAGGGGAGAUGAGCCCCAGCAGCACACCACUACCCUACCCAUACAUCGACCUAUGGGGCUCAUCAAUGGACAGAUGUACCCUGUAGCAGUCAUGGCAGGGGGUAUGGCAGGGGGGCAACCUCUCGCCCCUCAUCAGGUGUUUGAUGAUCCAAGGCAUGAGCAGCUUGGUAGAGAACUUCUUGAGUUUAAUGAUGAUCUCAUGUCACAGAGUGAAGCCAUGUCAGACAAUGAAGAAGCAGCUCCUAUGCUACCAAGAAUAGCUCCUGACACAGGUUUGCCAGACCAGUCUUCAAAGUUAAUACCAGAUGAUUUAGAAACAGAUUUAGAAACAUCUAGUAAUUGUACAGGGUCAAUGAUGGCGUCGUGGGCAUCAAUGAAUGGGAGCAGUACGGGUGGAAGCAAUCGUAACAGCGCCUCCAGCUGUAGUUCAGAUGGAUCAUUCUGUGCUGAGACAGACUUUGCUGCAGCAGUCACAGCUGCUGCUCAAAAUGCAGGCAUUCCAGUCGUUGGUUCUCCACCAGCAAAAGUUGGGAGAGAUCUCGAUGCAGGAGAGCACAUGGGAAAUGGUUCAGCAAAAAAAGCAUCAAGAAGAACAACACCAAAUAGCAGAAAAGGUCCUACCGUCCCCAACUCACUAUUCCCCCAGCCAUCACCCCAACAACAACAACAACAGCACAGGGUACCCAUGUCAGACCCCUACAACUACCACCAACAACAGUCCAUGCAGCCACAAGCCCCCUCACAACGAAGCUUACCACCCCCACCAUCCAGCAAUGAAAGCCAACAGCAGGAUUGCAUGAACAAGAACAAGCGUCGGGGGGCACCACCACCCUCUCAUGAUAACCUCUUUCUUCGCGACACAAACGACCUUGGUCUAACGGUUACUGCGAAUCCCAUGGCGUUUGCGCACGAAGAGGAGGAACGAUUCCCCUCAUAGCCUAAUCCUCAUAGCCAAGGUACAGACUUUUGACCACAACAUGGAAGAUGUGCGCAUCAGCAACGCGUUAAAGACUCAUGCUUUAAAACUGAAAUGUGUUUGCAAAAAUGCAAGAGUUAUAUAUUUUAAUUAUUAAAUGACUGACGCUGUGAUGAGAUCUUUCACUCUUUGAGCUUUAUUGAGAAGCAUUUCUUCAUGUUGAAACUGGAAUCUUUGGAGCAUCAUAGCAACUUGCCAAUUGCCAAUGAGAGAAAAUGGAUUUAGGAUGACUGGUUCAUGAACCUGCCAAAAUAGACCUCGGAUGAGCAAUGGAUGUGUGAAGGAUAUAUUCACCUUCAAGUCUGGAUGAGUUCUUCAUAUCAUCAAGGCACCAUGGAAAUGAAACCUCGGAGCAAAGGUCUCCUUCUUGUUUGUAUUGCAUAUGAAGGGUACAUGGAUAUUCUCUGUCUCUGUUGGGUGUUUGAACCCAUGUUUGGGAACGUUAACCAUCAGACUCAUCUGCCAGUGGUCAAAGAAUGAAAGGGAUACUGCUCCAUGUCUUUUCAGCUAUGUUUAAUGUUACAUAUGAUUUCAAGUGAAACUCGGCUCACACAAAUGAGUCUCUCUAUAUGGCAAAUGAAAUAGACUGUAAUUUUGUACAGAUUGAUAUAUAUGACAUUGACUUCCUCUAUUGUAUUGCUUGCCCAGUUUAUUUGAGUUCUUGUGUAAUUCAUCUUUUUUAUAUGUGUCAUCAAUUUAGAUGGAGCUCACAGGCAAUGUGAGCUGCAUUUUGACUGGAUUGAUGGAAUUUUGAAAGAAAAUCUGUAUUAUGUCUCAUAGGUAAGAAAAAGAAAACAAAUGGAAAUAGAAAAUAGUUUGAUGUAUUUUUAUUUCUUUCUCAAUUUUAGUAACCUCACACCUUGAGUAAAAUUGAUUCACAAAACUAUUUUUUUUUAGAUAACUGAGUAAGAUGUUUUGAGUAAACUCAUGUUAAAAUUGAGUUUUGACCCUCGAGACCUACAAAUUUACCUCUGAGUUUAUUCAAAUUUAUUGGACAUAAUGGUGAAUCCGAGCAAAUCAUUUUGUUUCCUGGAAGGCUAGACAUUUCUCACAGUUAAAUUAAAUCAACUUUAACUAAAAUUAAGAUUUAAGUUUUAGCAAUAUUGUAUUCAAAUCAUAUGUGAAUUGCAAAUGAACAAAUUUCAGAAGUCUCUUACACAAGUGCUUCAUCACACUAUUAAAUAUUAAAUUGCAUACUUGACCUUCCAGUUCCCUCAUUUACCAAUGUAUCUUCCCUCUACUCUUGAUGGAAGUUCAAAAUUCAUGAAAGAUUUUGUUUUUGUAUGUUCAGUCGUUUUAAGAAGAGGAAUUUUUGGUUAGUAUAGUUUACCAGACAAACAUGGCAUGACAACAAUAUACAUGAGAGUGUAAGAUUAAAGGUACAUAAUAUUAGUCGUUAUAGAUGCUGUUGACAAGUAUAUAUAAAAGCCCUUAUAUUAGACAGAAAGAGACAUUCAUGUGUGAUGUCUUGAAUUCUAAAGCUGUAAAAAAAUGCUUUCUUAGACUAAAAAAGCCUGUAAAUGAUGCCCUCAAAGCUGCCAAAUUAAUGAGAUUGCCUGUGUACAGUUGUGUAUUGUAAAUGAUUCUCUACAAAGGCUCAUCUCAAAUCAUGUGGGGAAUUGUAAUCAAUGUGUAAAUAUUUGUUAAAGGAUAAUGUACAUUUCCCUUUGAAAACCUUAAAAAGGAGGAUUAUAUGUAUAUAUAUAUAUAUACAUCUAUAAAUAUAUAUAUAUAUAUUACUAUCGCCUGUAUUUUCUUGUGCUUUUUCCAAUGUUGAUCUGUUUUCAGAAGAGUGAUUAUGUAUCUGUAUUGACAUAAAGAUAAUGUUUCAAAUUGUUAACUUCGUUUCAUGAAAAUAUUAAAUUAGUAUUCAUUGUGCUUGGUAACUGAGAGAAAUAUGUUUUUUAAGAUAUUUAUGCCUCCGUCAUCAAAUGUGGUGCCAAAGGCAUUAUGUUUUUGAUUUGUCCAGUUGUCUGUCCUGCCCUUUGUUCCCGCUCAGAAACAUUGAGCAGAUUUAAACUUAGAUCAAGUAUGUAAAGUUAUGCAAGGAUUAUAUGAUUAGAUUUUGGGUGUAAGAGGUCAAAUGUCACAGGGUUAAAAAAAAAAUGUUUAAAAUUUACCAGAAAAUCUUGUUUAUUUGGGUAACUGUUUUUUUAUAGUUUUUUUUUUAUAGUUAACUCAAAUGAUGAACCAUGAUCAAGAUUUCCACACACCCAAUCAGUGGACUAAAUAUUUCUUGGCGUUCCAUUUGAAUGAUAUCAACCUUUGUUUGAAUCCUAACCAAGGCUUGAGAUUAGGAUGAUAUUAAACAGUGUAUACUGUUGGUUGUCUAGGUUUUGUAUUACAUGGUUCGUGAGUUUGUUUAUCUGUCCAACAUUUGUCGGUCGAUAUGAUAUAAUUAUGAUUUUGUCUGUAUUUUCAUGAAGAAAGGUUUUCUUGUGAUUUAUGUACAGGUAUUUAUUGUUAGACAGAGAGGGGGAAACGUUCUUGCAAGUUAAUAUUAGCACUGGCUUGGUUACUUUAUUUCAUUUGUCUAUAGGCAGUUCUACAUGUAUCACCCCAAAACCACUCUGUAGGUCUUCCAGAUUCACUACUAAAAGUGUGUGAUUACAAACUAUAAUUUUAAUGAAAUUAUGAGUGCAGCAACCUUCACUUCAAGUUCUGUCACAGCCACACAUACCUGGUGAUAUUCUUGUGUUCAGUUUAUUUCAUAUCUUAUGCUAAAAGAAAAUGAUGGUUCCCAAUAUUUUAAUGGAAUUUCUUUUCAAAAUGGGGGAAAUUUGAAUCAAUCAGUCAAUUAAUUAUUAGCAUAUAGGAAACUCAAAGAUGAUUAAUUUCUACCAUACGAAUGUGGUUAUUUUAUUGAAAAUUAAACAUUGCCAUGAUUAUGACAGAGUACUUAACACGCCGUGGGGCUUCACUACGUAGCAAAGCAAGACAAUGUCCAAUGAGAGAAGAUGCAUUUACGGUGGCAUCAUCAUUGUUGUUGUCCCUUUAACCUUCAAGAGGUAGGAUCACAAAAUUGAUAACACAGGUAUAUCUCUUUCAGGCGCAGGUUCAAUCUAGAAAAUGUGUCAAAUCUGACCAAGGUCAAACGUUCAAUGAACUUUAAUUAACAAGCUCCGUACACGCAGUGAGUUUCUAUAUCAUUUAGGUAGGAUCACCAAAUCCACACUUAAAGGCACAGGUCACGAUUUAAAAUGGGUCAAAAGAUCAUCGAACUGUCAGUUUAAAGCACUGUAAAAGCAAAGACUUGCUAUAGCUUUGAGGUCAGAUCACCAAAUUCAUACCACAGGAUCUUGAAAGUGUGAAAAGUCCCAGAAAAAUUACUAAUUACUAAAUUACUUAAUUUAUCAAGAUAAUGAUUAAAUGAAUGUUGACCAAACUGAUCAAGUAUGAAAAACUACUAAAAUAUUAAAUGAAAAGAAUUGGGGUAUGUGAGGUCUGAUGUUAAAGAUCACAGGAACACUAUCAACUGAUCAACCAAUAUACAUACAGGUGGAGGCAUUAGAGAUGCAGUCUGAUACAUCUUUUAUGACAGUACUUCACUUUAUUUAUGAAAAUGAUAUAUAUUUUCUCAUCCACUCAUUUGUAUUUGCAUAUGAACCUUCAUUGAACCAAGAUUACAAGUUCCAUGUUGUAUCUGCUGAUGUAGAACUGCAAUAAUAAAAUGGUAUCAUGUUUGUAGGAAACCCUGUUACAAUUUUUUUGUUUGGAAUAAUAGGAAUUUAUUGAUUUUUAUGUUUUCAUCUGUUAUGUAACUUUCCUUGAUUUCACUCAUUUAUUUCCUAUUUUUGUGCCAUAUAAAUUAAAGCUUUUGAAUGCCUUGGCAAAAAUAA